AUGCUUCACGUAUGCAGUACUGGUUCCACUGAUAAGGAAGUCUUAUCGGAGCAGGUUUUGGCAAAGUCCCUCCUUCGCACGACUACUGAACUUUUGGAGCAGGAUCAAGCGAGCAGGACAGACAUACAGUCGGUAGACACCAGCCCAAUUCGCCACUAUGACUCAGUGGGUUGUCUCCGGUACGAAAUGCGAGAUAAAGAACGGUGGCAUACAAUCCACAUUAUUAGAGUUGUAAACGACGGGUUCAAGGUCACUUCAGGCUGA